CAGCGCGCGCGCUCCCAGGAAGGAGAGGUCUAAGCACUAGAACCAGCGGCCCCAGGUUUUCAAAAGGGAGUAUCUGGGCAGUCUGCGAGCGGCUGGGGCCAGACGGUGCCGAGUCGAGGAAGCGGGCACGAUGGCCGCCCUCCUGCUGCUGCCCCUGCUGCUACUGCCGCUGCUGCUGCUGAAGCUGCGCCUAUGGCCGCAGUUGCGCUGGCUCGCGGCAGACUUGGCCUUCACGGUGCGCGCCCUACGCUGCAAACGGGCCCUUCGAGCGCGCGCCCUGGCCGCGGCUGCCGCCGACCCGGAAGGUCCCGAGGGGGGCUGCAGCCUGGCCUGGCGCCUGGCGCAGAUGGCCCGGCAGCGCCCCGCGCACACCUUUCUCAUUCACGGCGCGCAGCGCUUUAGCUAUGCGGAGGCCGAGCGCCAGAGCAACCGGGCUGCGCGCGCCUUUUUGCGCGCGCGAGGCUGGGACGGGGGACCCGGCGGCGGCGACAGCGGCGCGGGGGCCGCCGGGGAAGGCGAGCGGGCGGUGCACGGCGUACGAGACGCGGCGGCCGGAAGCGGAGCGGCGCGGCCCGUGCGGGAAGGGGAUGGCGCAACCCCUCUGGCACCUGGGGCCACCGUGGCGCUGUUGCUCCCCGCCUGCCCAGAGUUCCUGUGGCUCUGGUUCGGGCUGGCCAAGGCCGGCCUGCGUGCGGCCUUUGUGCCCACCGCUCUGCGCCGGGGUCCCCUACUGCACUGUCUCCGCAGCUGCGGCGCCCGCGCGCUCGUGCUGGCGCCAGAGUUCCUGGAGUCCCUGGAGCCUGACCUGCCGGCCCUGAGAGCCAUGGGGCUCCACCUGUGGGCUGCGGGCUCUGAAACCCAUCCUGCUGGAAUCACCGAUUUUCUGGCUGAGGCCUCGGCUGAAGUGGAUGGGCCAGUGCCCGGGUACCUGUCUGCCCCCCAGAACAUAAUGGACACGUGCCUGUAUAUCUUCACCUCUGGCACCACAGGCCUCCCCAAGGCUGCUCGGAUCAGUCAUCUGAAGGUCCUGCAAUGCCAAGGAUUCUACCAGCUGUGUGGCGCCCACCAGGAGGAUGUGAUCUACCUCGCCCUCCCACUCUACCACAUGUCUGGCUCCCUGUUGGGCAUCGUGGGAUGCUUGGGCAUUGGGGCCACAGUGGUGCUGAAGUCCAAGUUCUCAGCUGGUCAGUUCUGGGAGGACUGCCAGCAGCACGGGGUGACUGUGUUCCAGUACAUCGGGGAAUUAUGCCGAUACCUCGUCAACCAGCCCCCGAACAAGGCAGAACAUGGACAUAAGGUCCGGCUGGUGGUGGGCAGCGGGCUGCGGCCAGACACCUGGGAGCGCUUUGUGCGGCGCUUCGGGCCCCUGCAGGUGCUGGAGACAUACGGACUGACAGAGGGCAACGUGGCCACUUUCAACUACACAGGACAGCGGGGUGCUGUGGGGCGCGCCUCCUGGCUUUACAAGCAUGUCUUCCCCUUCUCUUUGAUUCGCUAUGAUGUCACCACAGGGGAGCCAAUUCGGAACACCCAGGGGCUCUGUGUGGCCACAUCUCCAGGUGAGCCAGGGCUGCUGGUGGCCCCCGUGAACCAGCAGUCACCAUUCCUGGGCUAUGCUGGGGGGCCAGAGCUGGCCCGGGGAAAGCUGCUGAAGGAUGUCUUCCAGCCUGGGGAUGUUUUCUUCAACACUGGGGACCUGUUGGUUUGCGAUGACCAAGGCUUUCUUCGCUUCCACGAUCGUACUGGAGACACCUUCAGGUGGAAGGGGGAGAAUGUGGCCACGACCGAGGUGGCUGAGGCCUUGGAGGCCCUGGAUUUUCUUCAGGAGGUGAACGUCUACGGAGUCACUGUGCCAGGGCACGAAGGCAGGGCUGGGAUGGCAGCCCUGGUUCUGCGUCCCCCCCACUCUUUGGACCUUGUGCAGCUCUACGUCCAUGUUUCUGAGAACUUGCCACCUUAUGCCCGGCCUCGAUUCCUAAGGCUUCAGGAGUCACUGGCCACCACAGAGACCUUCAAGCAGCAGAAGGUCCGGAUGGCAAAGGAGGGCUUUGACCCAAGCACGUUGUCCGACCCCCUCUACAUUCUGGACCAGGCUGGGGGCGCCUACCUGCCGCUCACACCUGCCCGGUACAGUGCCCUCCUGGCCGGGGGCCUUCGCAUCUGAGAGCCUCCACACCAGUGCGCCUGAGGGAGGGACUUUGUGGGGUGGGGUUAUUGCAGGUGUAUCAGCCGCUGUCAGGGAUCUCUUCUAUACCAGGUUUGUAAUCUUUAUUUUGUAAUAAAUGAGGCCAGAGCCCAUUUGGCUCUGUCUUUCUCAUCUACAAUAUUCACUUCCCUGUCUGUCUGUGGAACUGCUUUUCCCACAGACAUUUUCUCCUGCCCAGAGCCACAGGCGCUCCUGCCCUGACCACGUGGCCUGAGCUCAGUGUCUGGACCUCAGUGUUUUUCCUCUCAGGUGACCCCGUGUGAUCCUUGUCCUUGGAAAACCCCUGAUGACUGAUGUCUGUCUGUGCUUGUGGAUAUCCUGUCCCAGUUUCACUCCCUGAGUGCAGGGCCCCCACUGCUCUCUCUGGGGAGCCAGAGGACCCAAGGGAUUGGUUCAAAUGGCCGAAGUGGACAGAGGCACAAAUGCUACCCCUGUGGGCAGCCAAAACAUCUCCACAGACUCACAUGUGGUUGGGGCCUGGGGAAGGGUCUCAACCGGGCAAAACAGAGGUUUGAUUUUGGGUUAAAGGAACCUCCCUCUCCCCUCACUGGCUGGCUUUGAUAAGCCAGCCAGUGAGGGGGAAGGGUGUGGCUACUCAGCCCCCCAACUCAAAUGUUCCUGAUGUUACCCACGCUUAGUCCUGUAUUCCCAGAAGUAGCAGCCCAGGGUGGGGCCCCUCAGGUUCUGGGGAGACUUUGACUGAGGCCCCUCUUGGAGCAGGGCUCAGAGUGCAUGUAUGCACGUGGUGGCAGAGGGAUGGGGGAAUCAAAAGGAAAAAGGCCUGUGCUUGGCCCCUAAAUGAGGCGUCAAAAAAGUUAAUCAUCAGGGAGUUCCCUGGUGGUCUAGUGGUUAGGAUUUGCGCUUUCACUGCUGUGGCCUGGGUUCAAUCCCUGGUUGGGGAACUGAGAUCCCGAAAGCUGCGUGGCCAAAAAGAAAAAGAAAAAAAUUUUUUAAAUAAAUAAAUAAAACUAUGAUUCAAGAUAGGUAAAAAAAAAAAAAAAAAAAGUUAAUCAUCUAAAAGCUUUCAAUGCUGAAACUGCUGCUUCUCUUAGAACUAAAACCCCUUUCCCCUGUUUUAAGCUGUGGGUCCUCAAAAAAUUCUACUAUGUUCCCUUGGGUUAUCUUUCCCCUUCCAACCCCUCUCCCUAACCUGAGAAGUCUAGGGAUGCACCCCAUCACCAAUUUUGGGUCCUUAUGGCUAACCCUCCUGUUCCAAAACAUACACCUUGUCCCACCCCCCACCAACAAACGCAGUUCAGAGUCACCAACAGACCAGAGGCACACACAAUCCCUGUUUCAUUUGGUCGAAAUCUGUGCUGUACAAUACGGUAGCCGCCAGCUGCAUGUGCCCAGUGAGCGCUUGAAAUGUGGCUGGUCUGCAGCGAGAUGUGCCGUGAGUGUGAAAUGCACACCGGGUUUUAAAGACUUAGCACCAAAAAUAAAAUAAAUUUCAGGGAAUUCCCUGGCGGUCCAGUGGUUAGGACUCGGCACUUUCACUGCUGGGGCCCAGGUUCUCAAUCCCUGGUUGGGGAACUAAGUUCCCGCAAGCCACUCAGCCCAAAAAUAAAAGAUAAAAUAAAAUAAAAUAUUUCAUUAAUAAUUGUUUAUAUCGCUUACAUGUUGAAAUACUAUUUUGGACGUAUUGGGUUAAAUAAAAUAUAUUAAGAUGAA